GUACCCUUGGACAAAAUUCUAAUCCCGAAGACCGAAGCGCCCAAUCCACCCCUCGAUCCUGAGAGCGGGCGCGUACACCUUUGAAUACACGCGAUGCCCCGAGGUGAUGCGGCGCGACGGCGGUGUGGGGAUCGGGUAAUGUCGGACGAAGUCCAGGCGAGCGCAAGGCAAAAAAAAAAAGCCGAUUCUGUCCUCAAGAAUAGAGGGCUGAGAGAGUGACGAGGAUGGUGAAUGGGCGCAAUGUGCGACGUUGUGAGGAGCAUACCGUCGACUCGAGCUUCAUUCCCAAUAAUUGUUACUGCGCGAAGCACCGUGCCUGUGAUGGAUGGAUGCGUGCAAUCAGCACGAAUGCUGAAUGCGAUGUGCCAUGGCAAGGCGUGCAUGGAUUUGAGAAGCUGCAAACUCCCAAAAGGUCCGCGAGCCGAUUCCUGGGGUACAGCAGCAGCUAUAAGCUGUGGCAGUUCCGCAUCAGUUGCAUGGCAGCUACACAGCGGCCGCGGCGCGAUCAAAGGGAGACUACAGGGCCGCGGGGGAGGGCGUGCACGCGCGCGCCCGCGAAAUAUGGGAUCGAGCCGCGCCGAGCCGCGCUUGUCGACCGUCGUGUCGUGCACGCACGCACUUCAUCAGCAGCAAGAAACACCGCAUUCGUGAUUUGGCGUACGUGGGCCGCCGUCGCGGAUGCAUGCUGCUGCUGAUGCUGGUGCUGAUGAGAGACACGUACUGUACAUGCUGCACGCGCAUCGCUCGCAGCGUGAAUCUGCUCGCCUCGUGCUGAGCUGCAUGCAUAUGCUGAGGUAUAUAUAGACG